CGCCAGACAAUAGUCAAAUCGGGCCUAAAGAACACUAACUUUUCUGCACAACCACAUCUCGUCUCCCAGUAUACCGAGCUAUCAUCGGGAAAUCCCCUUUGGCAUCAGCUGUCAGUGAACUCAACAGUUGACUACGGAUGUAAUCGAUGUGCGAUACUGUCCACGACCGGCGACCGGAGAACCGUGGGAUAACCCGCGAAUCAUCUUCUACUUAACCGAAAACAACGGUUCAUUCGAGAUGUUUAUAUGCUGAGGAAGACGGCGAUCUCUUUAGUAACCGCGGUGGAAAAAACGCCGUGACCGCGCGGCACUUGCAAAGUGGCCUUUGGUGUUAGUGGUCGAUGAGUUUUGGAUAAUUGGAACAAUAUCUGAAAAAAGCUUUACUACAACGUAAGUACAGCUAGGGAUUGCAAUUCUACAAGAGAGAUCUCGCGAAAUGCAGGAUUCCUCUUCACCUCUUGACCUGCGGAACCGUGUACCUCCAAAAACGUGGAACUUCUGAUCCCGCAGAAAUUCAAUGGAGUGCGGUUGCCAAACGGAAUUCAUCGGCCCCAGGCUGGACGCCACAUGUGGCGGCGGAGCAUUCAUCCUCUUCAUGUCUCUGCUGGAUACAUUCCUACGCAACAGGUGCGACAUUUCCGAGAUAUGCGGACGAAUCAGACCAAGAACUACGCCUGACGCAGAGUACGACUUCGUGGUCAUUGGAGGAGGGAGCGGUGGUGCUACGGCAGCUGGGAGGUUAGCGGAAGUGAGAAAUUGGAAGGUGUUGCUGAUUGAGGCGGGAGGGGAUGAACCCCCAGGAAGUCAGGUCCCUUCAAUGGUGGUGAGCUUCCAUGGUGACCCACACAUGGACUGGAAAUACAAGACCGAACCUGAGCCAGUAGCGUGCCAAGGCUUCCCAGAGAAGAGGUGUGAAUGGCCCAGAGGAAAAGUCCUAGGCGGAUGCAGUGUGAUCAAUGGGAUGAUGUAUACUAGAGGCACACCAAGAGAUUACGACAACUGGGAGGCAGCUGGAAACCCAGGUUGGAGCUACAGAGACGUUCUGCCGGUAUUCAAGAGGUUUGAAGACAACAAAGACAUUGGAACUAUCGUGGAGGCAGAGUAUCAUGGUAGAGGUGGUCCUUUAACUACAUCUAGGUUCAACGACCAACCAGAAAUGGCUCACGAUAUCCUGAAAGCUGCUAAGGAGGCAGGGUACAAAGUAACGAAUGACCUGAACGGGAGGGAUUUCUCUGGUUUCACUAUAGCCCAGGCUAACACUAGAAACGGUGUCCGACUAAGUAGCGCAAGAGCAUAUAUCCGCCCAAAUAGAAACAAUCCCAAUCUUCACGUCAUGCUCAACUCCACAGCCUCGAAGAUCUUGAUAAAACAAAACGGAAACCAAAAGGUUGUCCAAGGGGUAGAAUUUAUCUAUAAAGGGCGACCUUACACAGUGAAGGUCAAGAAAGAAGUGGUCUUGGCUGCUGGAGCUAUCAACUCACCACAGAUUUUACUGUUGUCAGGAAUAGGACCUAAAGAUGAACUAGAUAAGGUGGGAAUUAAACAAGUUCAUGACUUGCCGGGAGUUGGGAAGAAUCUGAGGAAUCACGUGGCUUUUUAUAUGACGUUUGAUUUGAAAAAGUUGAAGGACUACAGCGAUUUGGAUUGGGCCAAUGCUUUAGAGUACAUUUUGGAAAAGAAGGGACCGAUGUCAUCUACAGGGAUGUCUCAGGUGACAGCCCGUAUCAACUCGCCUCUAGCAGAGCCAAGUGGGAAAGAUCCCGACCUACAGAUUUUCUUUGCUGGAUUUUUAGCACAAUGCGCUCAUACUGGAGAAGUUAGAGCUGCAGCUGAUCCUGAGCACCCUGAACAAGCUAAAACCCUAACUGUUUCACCAGUUACGUUACAUCCCAAAAGUAAAGGAUAUAUUGGUUUAAAAUCAAAGGAUCCGCUCAAACCUCCUGUUAUGGUGGCUAACUAUUUAACCGCUCCAGAAGAUGCAGCUGUAUUGGUCGAAGGGGUGAGAGUUAUUCAAAGAUUAGCAAAUACUACGGUGUUACGACAAAAAUAUGGGAUACAGCUGCAGAGGGAGGAAUACGGAGAUUGUGCUAGGAAAUACGGGUAUGACACGGACAAAUUCUGGCACUGCGCUGUCAGGUACUAUACCGGUCCAGAAAAUCAUCAGGCCUGCUCUUGUAAAAUGGGCCCUGCAUCCGAACGUCUUGCUGUAGUGGAUAACAAGCUGUCUCUCCAUGGAAUAGAUGGUAUUCGAAUAAUGGACGCUUCUGCAAUGCCAAUAUUGGUUUCAGGCAACACGCAUGCCACCAUAGUCAUGAUGGCAGAACGAGGCGUAGACUUCAUAAAAGAAAAAUGGCUUUCAGCAAGCACACUCGCCAACAGAGGAGGUUACCCGUCCGCGAGCCCAGUAAAAGGAGGUCCAAGCUCAACCAAACUGCCCACUUUUACGACCAGAAGACCUUUUGGUUAUGGGCCCAGUCAUCUGGACCACCCUUCACAGCCAUAUUGGCAGCAAGCGCGGCCUUUAUCGCAGUACUACCCUCACAGCGGCAAUCACUUCAACCAUGCUGAGCCUCAUAAUCAUUUCGAACAGUUCAAUGGUCAGUAUCAUAGGGAUAUCGAGGCAGCGUACGAAAUACCUUAUUGAGGGAGUACUCGUUGUUUGUAACGUCGAAACUCAACAACUUAAAAUACUGUGUCAGUAAUUUGUAGUAGCCAUAUCCGCGUGUGCAGUAGAAAUUACUUGGACGUGCACUGGAUGCAAAUUUGCGACUGUGCAUCAUCACAGGACAAACCUUCAAGACAUUUAUAGUAAUUCGCCCUACAGAGGGUGUACACUGCAGCGGUGUUACGUAUCUUGGAAAGUGAAAUUAUGUAGUCUUUGCAGUAUAACGGUUUUUUGUGACAUUAUGUAGAUUUUCCUUCGAGAUGUUAACUUGGGACUAGUUGAUGUUCACUUGAUGUGCACUCGUUUUGUAGCUGUAAGUUAUAUACUGUAGCUGGAAGGAAACGGCAGUGCAUAGGUGCAUAGUGAAGAGUUGUGUGCUAAUAAUCUGAAUUUAUGAUCAUCGCAUUGAUUUAUUGUCUCAAAUACACUUGCUUGAGGUGUAUCGAAAGCUAGCAAUUAGUGGAGCAUCGACUUUUUCUUAAACAUCCUGGAAAUUACAUAUGUAAAUUUACUGAAUUUUAAGAAUGAGAGAGAUGCCAUGAGAAAAUACCUGGUUGGUGCAGUAUAUCACAACCAACAGGUGAGAAAAUAUGCCACAGAGGGGACUAUUUAUGAAACGUGAAAAAGUUACUUUGCAUUAUUUUUUAUUGCCAGUAAUUUAAAUUUUGUGGAAAUCUACUUCCUGAAAAUGUUUUGUGUGUGAUGCGUCAUUCCUUAUCUUCCUUUGACGUGGCUGAAUUGCACACAACGCGGAUGCAGCGGUGAUUUGCCGUAAUGCUUCGAAAAGUUUUUGAAAACGCAAAAAAUCGGGGAUAAUCGUAAUUUAUAACUUUAAAAGUAACCUCCCUUCAGAAAGGACAAUACAAAUAACCCGUCUGGUACAGCUAAUAGAUAUACUUCAUGGGCCGCAUAUUAAGUUAUCAUUUUUUCACAUAUCAAACACCACUGAUUUUUUACACGAGCAGACCAAUACACACCCACACAAUCAUCCAGAUGCGAUUUUGCUACUCUGCUGCUUAACCAAUUUUCUUUAUCACACUCCACACUCUAUAUACUAUAUCGGCAUUCUGCAACCAACAUGGUAUGCUGGGGGAUUGUAGCUGAUCAUUGAGCGUGUCGUUGAGUCAUUCCUCCACAGACGACGCUUUUGGUGAUGAUUACAGCACUUAUAGCGGAACAAUUUGCACCCUAAGAACUAUCUAGUCAGCAAGUUAACAUUUUGUCGAUUUUUUCUGACACUAUAUAGUUUUUUUUACUAAAUAACCUUGCGGCUUGCCAGCUUGCUUUUGGGUCUUAUGAUACAAAAAGCUUCAAGGCUCCUUGUUUCGAGUACAUUCAAGACAGAAGGAAAUCGUGUCUGUGUUUCAAGAAACACUAGGCAGAAAAGUGAAUCUAGAUAGCAUUCAUUCAAAUUAUUCUUUGUUAGAUUAUAUAUUCAGUGGGCGUCCAUCUAUAGUGAACAAAACGAUAUUGUGAUUGAAUCGACACUAGGUAUAAGCACAUAUUGAAAGCUUUUAAUUUAUUAUGCCUACAGAUAUUCAUAGAGGCGCGCAUUGUGGGCAUCUGUAUUUUUGGUUUUUAUGAAAAAAUGCAGAUGUCCCAUUUGAUUCCUGAUGACGAACUCGUGAAAGCAUAUUUCUGUGAAAUAAGCUACACAAGUUUUCAACUAGUUCUAAGUUUACGUUUUUGAAAUAAACUGUCUCAUACCACUUACCAUAUUGUAGAAUCUAUAAUUAUUUACAGAGUAUUAUUAUAUUUUUAAAUAAAUAUGUAAUAAACUGGGC